AUGGAUGACGCGGCCGUGCUCAAGCGACGGGGCUACAUCAUGGGGAUAAACUUGGGGGAGGGCUCCUACGCCAAGGUCAAGUCAGCCUACUCCGAGCGCCUCAAAUUCAACGUGGCGGUCAAGAUCAUCGACCGCAAGAAAGCCCCCACGGACUUCUUGGAGAAGUUCCUCCCCCGGGAAAUCGAGAUCCUGGCCAUGCUGAACCACCGCUCCAUCGUCAAGACCUACGAGAUCUUCGAGACGUCGGACGGCAAGGUCUACAUCGUCAUGGAGCUCGGCGUCCAGGGCGACCUGCUCGAGUUCAUCAAGUGCCGGGGGGCCCUGCACGAGGACGACGCGCGCGAGAAGUUCCGCCAGCUCUCCUCGGCCGUCAAGUACUGCCACGACCGGGACGUCGUGCACCGGGACCUCAAGUGCGAGAACCUCCUCCUGGACAAGGACUUCAACAUCAAGCUGUCCGACUUCGGCUUCUCCAAGCGCUGCCUGCGGGACGACAGUGGGCGGCUGGCGCUGAGCAAGACCUUCUGCGGGUCGGUGGCGUACGCGGCCCCCGAGGUGCUGCAGGGCAUCCCCUACCAGCCCAAGGUCUACGACAUCUGGAGCCUGGGCGUGAUCCUCUACAUCAUGGUCUGCGGCUCUAUGCCUUACGACGACUCCAACAUCAAGAAGAUGCUGCGCAUCCAGAAGGAGCACCGCGUCGACUUCCCACGCUCCAAGCACCUCACGGGCGAGUGCAAGGACCUCAUCUACCGCAUGCUCCAGCCCGACGUCAACCGGCGGCUGCACAUCGACGAGAUCCUCAGCCACUGCUGGGUACAGCCCAAGGCUCGGGGCCUGUCCUCAGCGGCCAUCAACAAGGAGGGGGAGAGCUCCCAGGGCCCCGAGUCCGUGUGGGCCGCUGACCCCGCGUCUGACAAGAAGUCGGCCGCCAAGCUGGAGGCCCGGGAAGAGGCCCGGCUCGAGGUUGGCCCCGAGGAGGAGACGGUGCAGGUGUCCAGGCAGCUGGAGACCCUGGGCUUCCCCGGCGACCAGAUGCCCGGGGAGACGCAGGAGGGGCCUCCCCAGCAGCCCCCCGAGAUGCACGCCCAAUGAGCCUCUCGCGGCCCAGGGGUCGGCAGGGAA